GCACUUCAGCGUUCAGCACCGCGGGCGGAGGACAGCUCCUGUCACAUCAAAACACCGCAGAACCCGCCGAACGCGACCUGCUCCACAUCCACACGACGAACCGAGUGCCGUGGCCAUGUACGAUGGGGCGAGAAUUCCCUCCCCUGAGGAAGGUGUUAACGAGGCCCCGCUUCAGCCCGAGACCCCAAAGGACACGUGUCCCAAAGCUAAUGAAGAGCCCGAGGAAGAGGAGGGUGUGCCACCCGAGCCCGUCCUGGUGAAGAAACCCCACCGUGAGAUUCUGGACCAUGAGAGGAAGAGGAGGGUCGAGCUGAAAUGCAUGGAGCUUCAGGAGAUGAUGGAGGAACAGGGAUAUACUGAAGAGGAAAUCAGACAGAAGGUUGGAACGUUUCGUCAGAUGUUGAUGGAGAAAGAGGGAGUGAUAAUGCGAGACGGCUCACACCCGCGCCCAGCGGUCAUUCUACUUCCUGUCGGUGAUGAAGAUCAUGUGGAAAACCCUGCGUAUACCGACGGCUACGAGGAAGACUACAACUGGGAUGGAGAGUAUUACAAUCACGACUCGACCGCCUACGAUGACUCCAGAUCCAAGAGGAAAUCCAGCAGUUCACCCUCUCCUCGGCCAAAGAAGAGGAAAAAGAAGAAGGCAAGAAGACACAGUCGCGCUGAGAGUUCAUCUCCAACCCGCAGAGACAAGAGGAAGAAAAGCAGCAAGAAACACAAAAGAGAAAGGUCCACAUCUGCCUCUAGAAGGAAGCGGAGACACAGAUCUGGGAGCGCCAAACUCAGGAGCAAACAGAAGAAGAGGUCAUCUGUGGAUUCUCCUGGCAGGGUUUCUCAGCACAGAGGAAGCUGUUGUAGUUCUCGCAGUGGAUCUGUUUCAUCCACAGCCAGCGUCUCCAAAUCACCCAUCAGAUCAAAUAUGAAGUGCAAUAACGACAGGCAGAAACAGGGACGAACUAACAGCCCACCACCGCCCCCCAGCUCUGACCAGCCAAUCAUGUGGCAGAAUGGGAACCACAGCGCCUGCAACGGCAAAGAUACCGGAUUCAACCACACAGACGGGAAUAAAGCCAACGAUAAACUUCGAUCUCUGGCAGCUUCUCCCUGGAGCGCGCAGACGUACACGUCGCCGCCUCUAAGAGUCGCUAAACAUCACUGUCCCGGAGGAAUCACGGGCCAGAUGGGAGAUGACGGCUGCGGAGACGGAAAAUCAGUUUUGGCAUCGUCGGGGAGACGCAGCGGGCGGCCGAGGGUUCGAGAGAAGACGUCUCAGUCGCCAGCACACAGCAGCAACUCUCAGCAGGAUCCACACGAUAAAAGCAGGACUCUGAAGAAGACGAAAGGAUCUCAUUCGUCUAAGCGGCACCAUCGCGGACGAGGUCAGAAUCACCACCGGAGUUCAUCCGUGUCACCGGGUCGGCACAAACGCACAUCUAAGAAGAAGAAGAGCAAAAGUCAUGGAGCUGCGAGACAGCCGAGCAGCUCCUGGAGCAGCGGGAGGUCAUCGUCACGACCUCGUUCAAGAGAACGUGACCCUAGCAAGAACAAAUCGCCAAAUGCCCGGCAGAACAACUCAAGAGAGAGAGACAGUCCUCAUCACUCUGAUGCAGAGAGGUCUCGCUGCCGCUCACGCAGUUAUUCUCCCAUUCGGAAGAGACGGAGAGACUCGCCCAGCUUCAUGGAAGCUCGCCGGAUCACCAGCGCACGCAAGCGGCCAAUCCCGUAUUACCGCCCGAGUCCGUCCUCUUCCAGCUCCGCAAGCAGCUACAGUGGCUGCAGUCACAGUCGCAGCCGGAGUUACUAUAGCAACAGCAGUGACAGCAGCAGGAGCCCCAGUCCCGCACACAGUUACUACAGCCAAAGCAGCUACGAGAGCCCCGGAUUCUGAGAUCAGCUGACGGUGCACACAGGGACUGAAAACAUUCAAACAGUGCCGGACAUCCAUGUUCCACCGCAGGAUCUGAAGCUCAUGUCCGGAUCACACACAGUGGGCAUCAGGAACAUCAGGAACAUCAGGAAUCCACUUCCAGCUGCUUUGAGGACAGAUAUAUUCGGGUGGAAACGAUUUUAGUUUCUUACUCGAAUCUGUUUUAUUGUUUGAAGUCUGAACAGCAACAAACUGCAUGAAAUACAAUUUUCACCAGUCGAAUCUGAUUUCAAGUCCAAUUAAAACCAGAUUUUCUCUCUGAACGAUCAGAUCAGAUUUCAAGCAGUUUAUCGCGUCAUUCUGGAAUUUAGGGACAAAACCGGUAAAAAACACCGUAAAUACAUCAGUAACACUUUAUAAUGACGUUGUAUUUGUUGACAUGAGGAAUGCUUUAGGUGUCAUGAACUGUUACAUUGUUACAGCGUUUCUUAAUGUUUUAAAUAUAGAGACCGUUGUUCUUUAACUAAUGUUGAACUUCUCAACAACAAGAAAAUGAUUAUUAUGUUGAAAUUUCACAUCAGCCUGGAUGAAUAUUGUUCGGUCAUGUUAACUGAUAGAACCUUAUUGUAACAUAAUAAUCAAAUACAGAACAUCGUUUAUUUGAUAUAAUAGUGGCCAUCAAGAGACUUCAGUUACGGAUCAUUUCUGUUCAUUACACUAUAAUCUCUUUAUUUAAAGACGUAAAAGGCUGAAGAACAAAGAUAAGAUGAGCACUUUUCAGACAUUCUUCCACGCUGAGAAAAGAUAAAAAGGGGAAUUAAUGCGACAGUAAUGUGAAGAGAACUCUUCAGUGUCUGGAAACUAUAUUGUGAAAUAAAGAAUCAAUGUUACUCAACAAACAAGAACAAACCGUUCUCACGGGUCAUAAUUCACCCUGAAAUAUAUUCAUGUAUUGUGGAGCGGAGGGGGGCGGGGCCGGGCUAGAAUGUGGCACGCCCGGUCCCCAAUCGUCCUGAUGGGG